AUGGCUGCCAUGCAGAUGGAUCCUGAGCUUGCCAAGCACCUCUUCUUUGAAGGGGCCACUGUGGUCAUCCUGAAUAUGCCCAAGGGGACAGAGUUUGGCAUUGACUACAACUCCUGGGAGGUGGGGCCCAAGUUCCGGGGUGUGAAGAUGAUCCCUCCAGGCAUCCACUUCCUCCACUACAGCUCUGUGGACAAGGCCAAUCCCAGGGAGGUGGGCCCCCGUAUGGGCUUCUUCCUUAGCCUACAGCAGCGGGGGCUGAAGGUCCUGCGCUGGGAUGCAGUCCAGGAAGAGGUAGACCUGUCCCCAGCCCCAGAGGCUGUGGUGGAGGCCAUGAGGGCCAACCUCCAGGAGCUGGACCAGUUCCUGGGACCUUACCCAUAUGCCACACUCAAGAAGUGGAUCUCACUAACCAACUUCAUCAGCGAGGCCACAGUGGAGAAGCUCCAGCCCGAGAGUCGGCAGAUCUGUGCCUUCUCAGAGGUGCUGCCUGUGCUCUCCAUGAAGUACACCAAGGACCGGGUGGAGCAGAAUCUACCCCGCUGCGGCACUGAGUGCAAAAGCUACCAGGAAGGCCUGGCCCGGCUGCCCGAGAUGAAGCCCAGAGCCGGCACAGAGAUCCGCUUCUCCGAGCUGCCCACACAGAUGUUCCCGGCAGGUGCCACACCGGCCGAGAUAACCAGGCACAGCAUGGACCUGAGCUAUGCUCUGGAGACCGUGCUCAGCAAGCAGUUCCCCCAAAGUCCCCAGGACGUGCUAGGUGAGCUCCAGUUUGCCUUUGUAUGCUUCCUGCUGGGGAACGUGUACGAGGCAUUCGAGCACUGGAAGCAGCUCCUGAACCUUCUGUGCCGGUCAGAAGAGGCCAUGGUGAAGCACCACACCCUUUACGUCAACCUCAUCUCCAUCCUGUACCACCAGCUUGGUGAGAUCCCUGCCGACUUCUUUGUGGACAUUGUCUCCCAGGACAACUUCCUCACCAGCACCUUACAGGUCAUCAAGUAA